UACUGGAAAUAUAAGCAAUGACCUUUGCCGCCACCUCUGGAGAAAAUAACAAUCAAAUAGACUCAACGACGGGAACUUCGAGCUUAGUAUAGCCGCGCUGUGCAUCUGAACAGGGCCAUCAUGGCGCAAACACUACAGCUGGAUGUGCUGGUCACAAUGCUGGCCUGCCUAACCACAACCCAAACCAAUGUGAGCGAUCCGAUGCUGCCCCCCGACAAUGUGACAUCGGGAAACUGUCCACUAGCAUCGAUUAGCAAUCUGAACACAAAGAUUCAGUCGCUAUCCGAAGAGCUGGCCAGUGCCAGACAGCAAAUGGGCAGCCUACAAGAGCAAUUGGUAGAUCUGCUUCGCCGGGCUGUGCCUGUGGCUCCGUUGGACAAGAGCUUUAGCACGCGCAUUCUUGAUGUGAAGCCACAGAUAGUGGAGGAGCCUGUUGUGCCGGACGCAGCAGUAUCAGCAGCGGCUGCGGGUCUAGGGGAGCCGACCAAUGCACCGGGUACGCCGAAGAACUGUCUCAAGCAGCAACACGGCAUAGUUCGCAUUCGCUUGGCGGAUAAUACAGAGCCGUUCUUUGUGUUUUGUGAUCAAAAUACUCGGGGUGGCGGGUGGACGGUUGUGGCGAAUCGCAAAGAUGGCAGCGAGGACUUCAACCGCAAGUGGGCCGACUACAAGAUUGGCUUCGGGCCUCUGACAACCGAGUUUUUCAUUGGACUCGAGAAGCUGCACAAGAUCACCAACAGCGAAGACAACGAGCUGCUGGUCGUGCUGGAAAACCGUAAGCAGGAGCAACGCUAUGCGCUCUACGAUCAUUUCAGCAUUGGCAGCGAGACGGAGCAGUAUUAUCUGAAUGUGCUGGGCACGUAUCAGGGAGAUGCCUCCGAUGCCCUGCGCCAACACUCGGGCAAAAAGUUUACCACCCAAGACAGAGACAAUGAUGAGAGCAGCGCCAACUGUGCAGUUGCCCAAUCGUCAGCCUUCUGGUACAGCAACGUCUGCACUCUGAGCAAUCCCUUCGGCCUUUAUCAGCCCCUGCUGGAUCGCGAUGUGGAUGGCUUUAAGGGCAUACUAUGGCACGGCUUCCUCAAUGGCCCCAAGGGCUCACUGAAGAAAUUGCGUAUGCUUGUGCGUCCACGAUCCAGCAGCAGUUGAAGUCCUCUUUGCCAUAUCCCCGCAAUACAAUAUAUUAAUAAAUAGAAACAAACCUUUAUUUUUGGCAGUACACAAAACCCAAAAUAUAAUCAUAAAU